UUUGGAAUGAUUCAUUUGGUCGGUGUUAAACAUGUGCGCAACUUUGUAAGUCAUUAAAUCUCAAACCUUUGAACAACAUGUGGGGACAGUUGAUAACUGCUCUGGCCUGUACUUUGGAGAUUUUAGCGGAAGACUGUGUGACCCCAUCGGAUUCGCAGUUCAGCCGGGCGAGUUACAGGCCGUUUUACGGGCGAACUGCUUCCGGAAAGACCUUCUACAACUCCGGAGAGCGGCUACGUGACGGCAUUUUUAUCCGGGUGGUAUGUAACAAGGACCGUCAAGGAGAUGCUGUGUUGAACAUCAGUAAACAUUUGUGCAGCGCCGGAAAUUGGAGUCCAACACUUCCGGUUUGCCAAGACAAUAAACGAUGCCGAGCGCCCCCUAGGAUUGAGAAUGCCACAGCGUCCGAAAGAAUCACGCCCUACAUAACCUUCCCCCACCAGACUGUUGUACAUUACAAAUGUAACGCAGGCUUCGAUGAGCGUGGAACCACGUCAAACGCUACGUGCUUUGACGGAGAAUGGACGUCCGCCGAUGUCAUUUGCGUUGCAACCACCAUAGCCACCCACACAACCACACUUACAACAACUACCACACCUAGAACAAUCACCUCUCCCACAAAAACCACAACAUCUACAACAAUCACUACACCUUCAACAACGUCCACACCGACAACGACCACAACACCUUGGCCGACAACAGCGACUAUGGCCACAGUAACAACAACGCAUAAGGCAACGAUGCCGUCAAAGAAAAAAGAGCAUAGAGAAAUAACUACUCAAAAUAAUCGGUGUGUGUACGACAGGACCCGAUAUGUCUUCAAACCGAACAUUACUGCGGAUGGAAUUGGCCGAACCACGGAAUACGUAAACUCGGGAACAUUCGUUCACGUAGAAUGCAUUGCACCGAAAGGUAUACCAAGUUAUGACUCUAAGUGCACAGAUUCGCUUUGGGAUCCAGCCCUGCCGAAUUGCGAUGCAGCGGUCAACUGUACGUUAGAAAACUUCGAUGUUCGCAACGUUGAGGUACUGUUCAAAGACAAUGUGAAAACGGAUGGUGAUGUUAUCCCAGAUGGCUGUUCGGUGGUGGCAAGAUGUAAAGGUACAAACAACCCAAAUAUUCUGAGACAAGAAUCCGAUACCACUAUGGUUUGUAAGAAAGGGCAACUGCAAGGUCGAAUCCCGACGCAAUGUCCAACAGUAUUAUAUGCCUGCUCCAUCGUGCAGUACGCUAAUACGAGUGGUCCUUUAAAUAACGACUACGAGGUGAAGUGCUUCAAUGGAUACGAAAUGCAGCCACACCUGCAAGCACGUUUUGAGUGCAACUGGCGAGGAGUGUGGCACCCAUACGUACCUAGAUGUAUCCCUGAUGAAUCAUGCCAAGUCGUGUACGACAGUGCCAAAGCCGAAGUCAAACUGAUGGAUGGAUCGGGAAAACGUCCAAACCGGAGAAUCAGCAGUGGUCAGACAAUCUCAAUGGCUUGUACGCAAGGUCACGUUCCUGACAACAUUACUCUGACAUGUGACCGCGGAGUAUACAAUGAGACAAGCAACACAAAUCCACCGUUGUGCAAACUAGUCAUUUGUGAGCCACCACCUCUAUCGGCCGAUGUAGUUUACACGCCAAUGAAUAAAAGCUACCGAUUCAAGGACAAUGUAGUAAUACAACGUUGCCAGGGUAAACUAUGGUUUCAAGAUUACCAGCGUUUAAGUUGCACAGCAGACGGAACUUGGAACGGGACAGCAACAUGCACACCGUACUGUCAACAUGGCACUGAAAAAUGGGAGGAAAAGCAGAAUUCUGAUCUGAUAAAAUAUAUUAUCAGAAACAUUACCGUGGAAUCAUACCAGGAGUGCCUUACCUAUUGCAAGAUCUAUGACCGUGUUCUGUGCCGCGCGUUCGCAUAUGGAUUUGACCAGGGAAAGCGCAGAUGCCGUAUCACGUAUGAAAACCCAAGCAGUCGAAACGCCAUAGAUAUGUUGGGCGCAAGGCAACUCUGGACGGUGUGGUUUCGAAAGUGCGACUAGAUUACAAUAAUUUUGCUCUUGGACCUAUACAGUGAAAGAGCUUGAACAUGCAUACUUGUGUAUACCUUUGCACACGAUGCUCUUUUGGUCCGGUUUGAUUAUUGUUUUCAUGCAAAUUUCACGUGUAUGUAUCUUUGCUUGAUAUUAACAAUAUGUGUAAGGCUGUUUGUUAUGUAAAUAAAUAAAAUCAUAUCUGCUUUGUGAU